AGGAGGAGGACACUGCCACCCGCAGCCUCCGGGAGCUCACUGCAGCCCGGACAGCUGACAGCCUCGCAGAGGCAGCCCUGCCCACCCCCGGGGUGGUGGCGGCAGGCAAGAGAAGGAAAGCAACCAUGGUUCCCGCUUGCCCUGGCCUCUGGCUCCUCGUGGUCCUAGGCACCAGCUGGGCAGGCUGGGGGAACCUAGGGGCUGAAGCAGCGCGGCUAAGGCAGUUCUACGUAGCUGCUCAGAGCAUCAGAUGGAACUACCACCCCGAGUCCACACACCUCAGUUCAAAAUCUUCUGAAACCUCCUUUAAGAAAAUUGUCUACAGGGAGUAUGAAGCAAAUUUUCAGAAAGAAAAACCACAAUCCAGAACUUCAGGACUUCUUGGGCCUACUUUGUAUGCUGAAGUUGGAGACAUCAUGAAAGUUCACUUUAGGAAUAAAGCACACAAGCCCUUAAGCAUCCAUCCUCAAGGAGUUAAGUACAAUAAAUUCUCAGAAGGUGCGUCUUACUCUGACCACACACUCCCCAUGGAGAAGAUGGAUGAUGCUGUAGCUCCGGGCCAAGAAUAUACCUAUGAGUGGAGUAUCAGUGAGGACAGUGGGCCCACCCACGAUGAUCCUCCAUGCCUCACACACAUCUAUUACUCCUAUGUAGAUCUCGUAGAGGACUUCAACUCUGGACUGAUUGGACCUCUGCUUAUUUGUAAGAAAGGCACCCUAACCAAGGAUGGAAUUCAGAAAAUGUUUGACAAGCAACAUGUACUGAUGUUUGCUGUGUUUGAUGAAAGUAAAAGCUGGAAUCAGACAUCAUCCUUAAUGUACACAGUCAAUGGCUAUGUGAAUGGGACGAUACCAGAUGUAACAGUCUGUGCCCAUGACCACAUCAGUUGGCAUCUGAUUGGAAUGAGCUCUGGGCCAGAACUGUUCUCCAUCCAUUUCAAUGGUCAGGUCCUGGAGCAGAACCAUCGUAAGAUCUCAGCCCUCACUCUCGUCAGUGCCACGUCCGCGACUGCAAACAUGACCGUGAGUGCCAAGGGAAGGUGGACCAUAGCUUCUCUCAUCCCUAAACAUUUUCAAGCUGGGAUGCAGGCUUACAUAGACAUUAAAAACUGUGCAAAGAAAACAAGAAAUCCUAGGAAAUUAACUCGAGACCAGAGGCGGUACAUGAAGAGGUGGGAAUACUUCAUCGCUGCAGAGGAAGUCAUUUGGGACUAUGCACCUAUAAUACCAGCAAACAUGGACAAAAAAUACAGAUCUCUGCAUUUGGAUAAUUUCUCAAACCGAAUUGGAAAACAUUAUAAGAAGGUUGUCUACAAACAGUACCAAGAUGACUCCUUCACCAAACGCCUGGAGGAUCCCAGUAGCAAGGGAAAUGGGAUCUUGGGCCCUAUUAUCAGAGCCCAGGUCAGAGAUACACUGAAAAUCGUGUUCAAAAAUAUGGCCAGCCGUACCUACAGCAUUUACCCUCACGGUGUGACCUUCUCUCCUUAUGGCGAUGAAGUAAACUCUUCCUCAACCUCAGGCAGUAACACCAUGAUCAGAGCAGUUCAACCAGGGGAAACCUACACUUAUAAGUGGAACAUCCUAGAAUCUGAUGAACCCACAAAAAAUGAUGCUCAGUGCUUAACAAGACCUUACUACAGUAAUGUGGACAUCACAAGGGACAUUGCUUCUGGACUGAUAGGGCUUCUUCUAAUUUGUAAGAGCAGAUCCUUGGAUAAACGAGGCAUACAGAGGGUAGCAGACAUUGAGCAGCAGGCUGUGUUUGCUGUGUUUGAUGAGAACAAGAGCUGGUACAUCGAGGACAACAUCUACAAGUUUUGUGAAAAUCCUGAGAAGGUGAAACGUGAUGACCCCAAGUUUUAUGAGUCAAACAUCAUGAGUACUAUUAAUGGCUAUGUGCCUGAGAGUAUACCCACACUAGGGUUUUGCUUUGAUGACACCGUCCAGUGGCACUUCUGCAGCGUGGGAACCCAAAAUGACAUUUUGACCAUUCACUUCACUGGGCACUCAUUCAUCUAUGGAAAGAGGCAUGAGGACACCUUGACCCUUUUCCCCAUGCAGGGGGAAUCCGUGACCGUCACAAUGGAUAACAUUGGAACUUGGAUGUUAACCACCAUGAAUUCCAAUCCAAGAAGCAAAAAACUACGGCUGAGGUUCAGGGACGCUAAGUGUAUCCGGAAUGAUGAUGAUGACUCCUAUGAGAUUAUAUAUGAAACUUCAGGAUCUACAGCCAAGACUACAAGGAAAAUGCGUGAUUCUUCAGAAACUGAAGAUAAAAAUGACGCUGACUUUGAUUACCAGGACGAACUGGCUAUAACAUUAGGACUUAGGUCAUUCAGAAAUUCAUCACUGAAUCAGGAGAAAGAUGAGUUCAAUCUUACUGCCCUAGCUCUGGAGAAAGACUCUGAAUUCAUUCCUCCAAGUGCCAACAGAGCUCUUGGUUCAAAUUCUUCUUCCCCAAGUCAUGUUAGCAGGCUUAUUGCCAACAACUUUGCAGAACCUCUGAAAACUCUUCUGCAUCUGGAAGCCCCUGCAGCUGGUUCCCCCCACGCUGGCUCAGAUAAGAACUCAGCUCUCAACCCUCCCAUGGCAGAGCAUUCCAGCCCUUAUUCUGAAGGCCCUAGAGAAGAUCCUCCACUCUCAGAUGUCACAGGGAUAAGCCUACUUCCUUUUGGCAAAGGAUUCAAAAAUAAAAAACCUGCUGAACAUCAAAGAUUCCAGGCAGGAAGAGGCCGAGCAGCAAAGCGUAGGUUCUCCCAGACGGAAUUUCCAGCACAUAAAAUCAGGACCCAUUUAAGCCAAGACAACUCUUCUUCUUCUAGAAUGGGGCCCUGGGAAGACAUUCCCAGUGAUCUGUUACUCUUACAACAAAAGGAUCCAUCUAAGAUUCUGAAUGGAGAAUGGCAUUUGGUUUCUGAGAGAGGCAGUUAUGAAAUAAUCCAAGAUGCAAAUGAAAACAAGACUGUUAAUAAGUUGCCCAACAGCCCCCAGAAUGCCUCAAGGACUUGGGGAGAAAACAUCCCUUUCAAAAACAGUCAUAGAAAGCAGAGUGGCCACCCGACAUUUUUGGUAACUAGACGUAAACCUCUACAAGAAAGACAGGAUAGAGGAAAUAGUAGAUUGAAGGAAGGCCUUUCGUUAAUUAGGACACGAAGAAAGAAAAAGGAGGAAAAGCCUGCAUACCACGUUCCUCUAUCUCCAAGGAGUUUUCACCCUCUGAGAGGAGGGGUCAAUGCCCCCUUUUCAGACAGAAGACAAAAUCAUUCAUUGUUACUCCAUGCGUCCAAUGAAACAUCUCUUUCCAUAGACCUCAGUCAGACACUCCCCUCUAUGAAUGUGAGCCUUGCAGCCUCACUUCCUGACCAUGACCAGGCCUCACCAGAUGACACCAGUCAGACAAGCUCCCCUCCAGAUCUUUAUCCGACAGUGAGCCCAGAGGAACACUAUCAAACAUUCCCUAUUCAAGACUCUGACCCAACACAUUCUACUACAGCCCCCAGUGACAGAUCUCCCACACAGCCCAGUCAGAUACCCAACUAUGACAUAAGAAACAAGGGCAUCCCUACUGAUGUGAGUCAAAUUUUCCCUUCCUUGGAACCUGAAGUCUGGCAGACAGCUACCUCUCUAGACCCCAGUCAACCAUCCAUCUCUCCAGACCUUGGCCAGACGGCCCUCUCUCCAGACUUCAGCCCAGAGUCUCUCUCUCCAGACCUUGGCCAGACGGCCCUCUCUCCAGACCUCGGCCAGGAGUCUCUCUCUCCAGACCUUGGCCAGACAACCCUCUCUCCAGACCUCAGCCAAGAGUCUCUCUCUCCAGACCUUGGCCAGACGGCCCUCUCUCCAGACUUCAGCCCACAGUGUCUCUCUCCAGACCUCAGCCAAGAGUCUCCCCCUCCAGACCUCGACCAGCUUGAUCUCAAGCAGACAUCACCUCCUCUAGAUCUUGAUCAGACAUCCCACACUUCUGAAUCUAGUCAGUCAUUGCCUGUUCCAGAAUUUGGUCAGACUUUCCCUUAUGCAGAUAUUGGUCAGAUGCCAUCUCCUCCACCAGACUCUACACUAAAUAACACUUUUAUACCAGAAGAAUUUAAUCCACUGGUUGUAGUAGGCCUCAGUAGAGAUGAUGGAGAUUACACUGAAAUUAUUCCAAGGCAGAAAGAAGAGAGCAGUGAAGAAGACUAUGGUGAAUUUGAGUUUGUAGCCUAUAACGACCCUUACCAAACUGAUCUUAGGACAAACAUCAACUCCUCUAGAAAUCCUGACAACAUUGCAGCAUGGUACCUCCGCAGCAACAAUGGAAACAGAAAAAAUUAUUACAUUGCAGCUGAAGAAAUAUCCUGGGAUUAUUCAAAAUUUGUGCAAAGUGAAGACAAUGAUGAUAGUCCAGAGGACACCGUAUACAAGAAAGUAGUUUUCCGAAAGUACCUUGAUAGCACUUUUACCAAACUUGACUCUCAGGGGGAGUAUGAAGAGCAUCUUGGCAUACUUGGUCCAGUCAUUAGAGCUGAAGUGGAUGAUGUUAUCCAAGUUCGUUUUAAAAAUUUAGCAUCCAGACCAUAUUCUCUUCAUGCCCACGGGCUUUCCUAUGAAAAAUCAUCAGAAGGAAAGACUUAUGAAGAUGACUCUCCUGAAUGGUUUAAGGAAGACAAUGCUAUUCAGCCCAAUAGCACUUAUACAUAUGUAUGGCAUGCCACUAUACAAUCAGGGCCAGAAGACCCUGGAUCUGCCUGUCGGGCUUGGGCCUACUACUCAGCAGUGAACCCAGAAAAAGAUAUCCACUCAGGCUUGAUAGGGCCUCUUCUGAUCUGCCGAAAAGGGACACUACAUAAGGAGACCAACAUGCCUGUGGACAUGAGAGAAUUUGUCCUACUUUUUAUGGUCUUUGAUGAAAAGAAGAGCUGGUAUUAUGACAAGAAGCCCACAAGGUCUUGGAGACGUGUAUCCUCAGAAGUAAAAAACUCCCAUGAGUUUCAUGCCAUCAAUGGGAUGAUCUACAACUUGCCCGGCCUGAGAAUGUAUGAGCAAGAGUGGGUGAGGUUGCACCUGCUGAACUUAGGCGGCUCCCGAGACAUUCACGUGGUUCACUUUCAUGGCCAGACCUUGCUAGAAAACGGCACUCAACAGCACCAGUUAGGGGUCUGGCCCCUUCUACCUGGUUCAUUUAAAACUCUUGAAAUGAAGGCAUCAAAACCUGGCUGGUGGCUCCUAAACACAGAAGUUGGAGAAAUUCAGACAGCAGGGAUGCAGACACCAUUUCUCAUCGUAGACAGAGAAUGUAAGAUGCCAAUGGGACUAAGCAGUGGCCUGAUAACUGACUCACAGAUCCAGGCUUCUGAGUUUUGGGGUUAUUGGGAACCCACAUUAGCAAGAUUAAACAAUGGUGGAUCAUACAAUGCUUGGAUCCCAGAAAAACUUUCAACAGAAUUGAACUCUCAACCUUGGAUCCAGGUAGACAUGCAAAAGGAAGUCCUGCUCACAGGGAUCCAGACCCAGGGCGCCAAACACUACCUGAAGUCCUACUACACCACCGAGUUCUAUGUGGCUUACAGCUCCGACAAGAAAAACUGGCGGAUCUUCAAAGGGAACAGCACAAAGAAUGUGAUGUAUUUUGGUGGCAAUUCCGAUGCUUCUACAAUAAAAGAGAAUCAUAUUGAUCCACCUGUUGUGGCUAGAUACAUCAGGAUCUCUCCAACUGGAUCCUAUAACAAACCUGCCCUUCGAUUGGAGCUGCAAGGAUGUGAGGUUAACGGAUGCUCCACACCGCUGGGUAUGGAAAGUGGAAAGAUAGAAGACAAGCAAAUCACCGCUUCCUCGUUUAAAAAGUCUUGGUGGGGAAAUUACUGGCAACCCUUCCUUGCACGUCUUAAUGCCCAGGGCCGUGUAAAUGCCUGGCAAGCUAAGGCGAAUAACAACAAUCAGUGGUUACAAAUCGAUCUGCUCAAGAUCAAGAAGAUAACUGCCAUUGUAACACAAGGCUGCAAGUCUCUGUCCUCUGAAAUGUAUGUGAAGAGCUACACCAUCCACUACAGUGACCAGGGCAUUGACUGGAAACCUUACAGGGAGAAAUCUGCAAUCGUGGACAAGAUUUUUGAAGGAAAUAAUAAUGUCAAAGGACAUGUGAAGAACUUUCUCAACCCACCAAUCAUCUCCAGGUUUAUACGUAUCAUUCCUAAAACAUGGAAUCAGAGUAUUGCACUUCGCUUGGAACUCUUUGGCUGUGAUAUUUACUAGAACUGAGUAUUUAAAAAGAUAGGAGGGACUCAAAGAUAUCAAACCACUUAGAGUGGGUAAUGCAUUUUAUAGCUAUUUUAAGUUUUAAAAAUUUUCCAUUAUUUCUUUUUUCUAUUAGAGAAUAACAUUUUAUAUGUGAAACCUUUAUGAUAUAACUCCUGACAACCACUAAGUAAGAUGACUAUUAUUUCUGCAUUAAUUUGAAUAUAGAUAGGAAAACACCAAGAACCAGCAAGAAAAGGCUUCUCUCUCACUGAUUAAAAAUUUUAUAUAAAGUAAUAUUCAUAUAAUUAACAUUCUUCAUUAUAGUUUUGUUAAAUGCUAUACACAUUAAUAAAAGAAGUAUUACUUCCUUAAACCACUCAUAAACCCAGAUAACUUUCAUUCCUACAUUUUUCCUUAAAAGAGCUAUGAUUAAGAGUAUAGGGAAAAAACAGUAUUUCUAAAUGUUUUGCUUAUCUUGACAAUGGAGAAAAAAGAAAAAACAAUCUUACUGCAUGAAAGGACAAGUAUUUAAAAUGCCCUGUUUUACUGACAUGACAAUGAUUGGUCUGACCUUCCAGGAGUAAAGAUAUAAGUAAGCAUGUUUUCAGUGGUCCCACCAGACUGUGACUCUGGCCUGGUUUCCCUUGGGACUGAUUGCAUACAUUGAUGUUCAGAGUUAGGGAUCAUUAAUAGGACAGAUCUAAAAUAAAUAUGGGAUGGCUGAAUGUGUAACCAUAAUUGCAUUCUAGCUGGUACUAUUAAAUGCAUGGCACACUGUUUCAAACACAGGCUCCUUUAAAGGACGGCAAAUACUGUCAAACAGAUCAUCGGAAUUCUUGGCCCAAAGGCAGCUGUUCCUGCUAGACCUGGCUCCAGGCACACAGUUGAAAUUCUCUCUUACUGCCCUUCUCCUUAUGGCCCCAGCCUCUACCUCUCCCUUCCUCCUCCUCCUCUCCCUUCCCCUUUCAAGCACUCCCUUUCUUGGGAACUUGGCCCCUCACGGUUUUACAGAUACUGUGAGACUGGGUAACCUUCUGGUAGCCUCUAAAUCACAUGAAAAUCACUGGUGAGGCUAUCUAUUUUAGUGGAACAAACCACCCUAAAACUUAGUGCUUAAAACAACCACAGAUUAUCUCUUCUGAUUCUGUAGGCUGACUGGGCACAAUUAACUUUAUUUGGGGUCUCUAGUCAUCAGGAGACUCAACUCUGUGUUGGGACAGCUGGUCCUUUGUCCCUCUCCAAGUAGUUUCAGAUUCUUUCCUCAUUACAUGGCUUAUCCACAUGGUCUGUUCACUUGAUGCCUCCAACACUUGAGCUAGACUUCUUAUACCAUGAUAGAGGCUCCCAAAAGCCAGAGUUCAAGAGGUAGGAAGCAGAAGCUGCCAGUCCUUUCAAAGCCAAGCCCAGAACAGACACAGCCUCACUACUGCUGUAUUCUACUCAUUCACAUAAGUCACAGGCCAGUCUAGAUUCAGUGUAGGAUGUCACGACACAAAGGUGGUUCUAGGAGAUGUAAGUCACUGGCAGCCUCUUCAGAUACUAACUCCCAGAGUUACCUAUUGCCCCUCUGAGUGGGGUGAGCAUUAUGAAUGUAUUCAAAAGCUUCAAACAUCCACAAAACAUUGACUUUCUUUAUGUUUAAAAAUUUUCAUUUUUGAGGCAUAAUUGAAAAAUAAAACAGAAAUAUAUUUAAAGUG